ACGCAUGCGCAGUGCGCCGUGAUCAACACAGCUCAGCUUCAUCCGCUCUUCAAGAAGGGGUCUUAAUGCCGAUCGAAGUACUCAAACAAACUUUAUACCAACGUUAAAAUAACCAACGAACUUUCGUAAGGGUGAACGGUCCGUUGCUCCAUAUAGCGCUCCGACGUGCCGCUAAAAUUAGUCAUAUAGUUUACUUACGGUUAAAAGUGUUUUUUUUCCCGCUGUUGUUUUGGUAUCUUCGCUAGGCUAACGCCAGUCAGUCAGACCAACUGUAAUUUGUUUGAACUUCUUCUGAGAACGAGUCCAGUCCCGGUGACAGCAGCAGAGCGAGCUGUGUGUUCCGCUGUUCCAACUCCUCUUCAAUCUAUCAUCAUGAGCUUGUCCAAGGAGUGAAAACGGAAAUUGGAAAGGAAAGUGUUUUUUUUAAAAAGUGCAUUGAAGAUAAUCUUCCUAACCCAAGGUGUUUUAGUGGGUGUUAGCUGAAGGAGUCAUGGAGGCUUCACCGGACCUCAGUGAACAGACGGUGAAGACAUCACACUGCGACUCUCAUGUUCCAGACCACUCAGACACCAGGCCUAUGGAGAUGCAAGACCUAGCCAGUCCUCAUAACAGUGUGGUGGGCGGAGACUCAUCAGGCGCCAAGCUGACAGGUUCCUCUGUCACUACCAACGGAACUGGAGGAGAGACCAUGACUAUUCUAAACACGGCUGAUUGGCUGCUGGGCUGCAGUAGCCCGCCCCCUGGCCACAGUGGAAAGGACUAUGUGAAAACAGAGCCUAUAAACAGCAGUGAAACAGCCAGAACUACAGGAGACACAACACUGGACAGCUACGCAGGAUCAGUCAUUACCAGCAGUGGAUACAGCCCUCCAUCUGCACACCAGUACUCUCCACCCAUCUACCCCUCCAAGCCGUACCCCCACAUCCUGUCCACACCGGCAGCCCCGCCCAUGGCAGCGUACGCCGGCCAAUCCCAGUUCAGCAGCAUGCAGCCGGCGACCGUCUACACCGCGUACUCCCAGACCGGCCAGGCCUACGGACUGUCUACCUACGACCUGGGUAUGAUGUUACCAGGUAUGAAGACAGAGGGGGGUCUCUCCCAACCCCCCCUACAGACCAGUCUCAACUACACGCCCCAGCCUGGACAGACAGCCUACUCACCAUAUCAGAUGCCAGGGUCCAGUUUCACUUCAUCAUCUGGUUUGUACUCCAGCAACAACUCUGUGUCCAACCCAGCCAACUACACUGCUCCACAGCAGGACUAUCCAUCGUACACAACGUUUGGCCAAAACCAGUACGCCCAGUAUUACUCCGCCUCCACCUACGGAACCUACAUGACGUCCAAUAGCAUGGAUGGAACCGGCUCCUCGUCGGCCUAUCAGCUGCAAGACUCCAACCCCGUCAUGACAGUACAGGCCAAUGAGCUCCAACCAGAGGACACGGUGCAGAGCCCCAUGAAGGAACUGGAUGAUCGUGGCUGUCGGAGUGGGGGAGGAGCUAAAGCCAGGGGGAGGGGCCGCAAGAACAACCCCUCACCGCCCCCCGACAGUGACCUGGAGAGGGUGUUUGUCUGGGAUCUAGAUGAGACCAUCAUAGUGUUCCACUCUCUGCUGACAGGCUCCUACGCUCAGAAAUAUGGCAAGGACCCUCCCAUGGCGGUGACGCUGGGACUGAGGAUGGAAGAGAUGAUCUUUAACCUGGCAGACACACACCUGUUCUUCAACGACUUAGAGGAGUGUGAUCAGGUCCAUAUUGAUGAUGUGUCGUCUGACGACAACGGACAGGACCUAAGUACUUACAGUUUUGCAACUGAUGGCUUCCAUGCAGCGGCGACCAGCGCGAGUCUAUGCCUGGCGACGGGUGUCCGCGGAGGCGUGGACUGGAUGAGGAAACUAGCCUUCCGCUACAGAAGAGUCAAAGAGAUGUAUAGCACAUACAAAAACAAUGUGGGGGGCCUGUUGGGUCCUGCUAAGAGGGACGCGUGGUUACAGCUAAGAGCGGAAGUGGAGGCUUUAACAGACUCCUGGCUCACCAACGCACUCAAGUCCCUGUCAAUCAUCAGCUCCAGGAGUAACUGUGUGAAUGUGUUGGUAACAACGACCCAGCUGAUACCAGCAGUGGCUAAAGUUCUGUUGUAUAGUUUAGGAUCUGCCUUCCCUAUUGAGAACAUAUACAGUGCAACCAAAAUAGGCAAAGAGGGUUGCUUUGAUCGCAUAGCGCAGAGGUAUGGCAGGAAGGUAGUAUAUGUUGUAGUAGGGGAUGGUGUGGAGGAGGAGCAGGCAGCCAAGAAGCACAACAUGCCAUUCUGGAGGAUAUCCAGUCACUCUGACCUGCUGGCGUUACACCAAGCACUGGAGUUUGAAUACCUGUAACUGUUACCGUAGCAACAGACUGUUACUGUAACUGUUACCGUAGUAACGGACUGUUACUGUAACUGUUAUCGUAGCAACAGACUAUUACUGCAACUGUUACUAGCGCACGGACUGUUACUGUAACUGUUACCGAAGCAACAGACUUUUACUGUAACUGUUACUAUAGCAACAGACUGUAAUUGUAGCAACGGACUGUUUCUGUAACUGUUCUGUAACUAUAGCAACAGACGGAACACACCAGUACUACUACUACUACUACCACCUGUAAUGGUUACCAUGGCGAUGGCAACGGGAGACAGACUGUAGUCCCCUCCCCCCGGCCUUCUUGUUUUUGUAUAUCUAUUUAAGAAAACAACCACCAGUACACUGCAACUCUUUUGUUUUGUCUUCAUUUCUUUGUGUGUCUUUAAAAAAAAAACAUCUGGAUUUGAGUACUCUGAACUGUCUUACUAAAAACAACUAGGACUGAGAGAGGAGAGGAGAGGAGAGGAGAGGAGAGGAGAGGAGAGGAGAGGAGAGGAGAGGAG